AUUUUACUUUACUUCACUAUUGAUCAUGAGGAAAAGCGACAGAAAAGACAAAAAUAAAAAGAAGGAUAAAUCCACAAUGAAAAAGGAUCCAAAGGACAAAGGAAUAACAACAACAAAAACAACAACAACCAUUAAUAAUGCUCCUUAUUCAACUCGUUCAAGAAAAAGAUCAGUGUCAGAAAUUACAUCUAUUCCUGCGAAAAGGAGUAAAGUGAUGCCACCACCUUCUCGUACAUAUUUCAGUGACAGUGACAGUGAUAGUACUGACAACGAAUCUUAUGAACGAUCAACACCAUUGCCAACCAAGUAUUCUCAAAUUUCGGUAGUAUCACCUAUCAUCAAAAAAGAAAAUGCAUCCAAGCCGUCCAAGUACUCUAGUGAUAGUGAUAGUGACAGUACUGACCAUGAUUCCAAAUCUCGAUCUUCAACAGCUUCUUCGAUCAAGCACUCUAUACCAAAGCCGUCUACUGUGCCAGCGCCUUCUUAUGGUAACAAAACAAACCUUACCAAACCUACAAAAUAUACUAGUGAUAGCGAUAGUGACAGCACUGAUAAUGACAGCAAACAACAGCCCGCAGCAACAGCAGCAGCAACACCAUCGAAGAGAUAUCAUGUCACUACUUUGAACACAUCAGUGAGGUCAGCCACGACGAAUAUGGAGCAACUCAACAAAGGACACAAAUACUCUAGCGAUAGCGACAGUGAUAGCGCGGACAACAACGACCAUCGACAUCCAAUACAGCUUACGAAAAAUACCUCAAUGUCAAAAUCGUUAUCUACAACUCUAUCGUCAAGAGGUUCAAAGCAACAGACGAAGCGUGGGGUACCAAGAUCAUCGGAAUAUAUUAUGGAUAGUGAUAGUUCAGAUAAUGAUACUACGACGUACAAAACCAACCCUGAAAAAGUUGCUAUGGAUUUGAUUAACAACGUGCAAAACGGCAAGGAAAACAACACCAGUGACAGUAGCAGUAGUGAUGACAAUGAGACUGUAACAAAGAGGAAAAUAAGACAGCGGGGUACAGGACGAAAAGGUACUGAUGAAUACAUAAUCAAUCGAUUACAAAGUCGUGGGAUUUAUAGGGAUAAAAACAAACACCAAUCUGAAGAUUAUAAACGACGAUUCAUUGAUGAAGCAGACAAAUACGACAUCCACCAUGACUUUUUUAUUUCUGAUUCUGAAUCCGAUACAGAUUCUAAUGACAGUUACAGUGAAGAACUUCUACCUUGGCACGCUAUCUGUUUGGAUACAUCACGUCUACGAAAAAAAGUGGGAGAAACAAAUUGGAAGGUCAACAGUAAUCCAAUAACUAGAGCAGAAGAAAUUCGACUGGAAAAACGGAUCAAAAAAAUUUGCAGGCGUCAAAACUAUGGAUUGGAAGAUUUUCAAGGUAUUUUGGCUGCAGGUUAUGGUUCACAUAGACGACUUUGGCAAAUGAUUCUGAAACCGUUUCCAGAUAGAGCAGCGAAAAUGGUGAUUGAAUGGUGUAAUCGAAAGUAUAACAAAUAUGGAUAUUCCGGUCAACCAUGGACAGAUGAGAUGACAAAGCAACUGAAAGAAUAUUUGAAAAUAUAUGGUCGACGAUAUGGUGUGAUUGAAGAAAAAAUGAAACGUCCACGGGAUGAAAUUAAACAGAGAGCUCUUGCCCUGAAGGAUAAAAACAAGAAACAUGAAGCUAUCGGUAGUCCAUGGUCAGAAGAAGAAAAGGAAAAACUGAUUCAAGUUAUUACAGAAACUCGUCAAAAAGGCUGGACAUCCUUCAAAGACAUUGCAAAACGGUAUUUCCCAACUCGAACGGCAGCUCAGUGUAACACUCAAUGGCAAAAACGAAAUGCUAACAAGACAGGCUUAUCCAUUGAUGAUAAACUAGCAGUGAUUCAACAGAUGAAGAAAACGAAACUCAAGGCAGAAAGAGAUUUAAAAUUUGAAGAAAUUGCAAAUGAACUUGGCGUUGGGAUAUCAUCAACACUGAGGUCAUUUUAUAUCAAAAUUCGAAGCACGAUUCCAAAAUACGAAACCAUGAAUUUACCAGACACCUUGAAUAUAUUGGAAAAACGAUUAAUACAAAUGAAACAUAGUUUAGAAGAAUAACAAUUUGUAUACUCUUGAUUCAAAUAAACUUUUUUUUUUCUUGAUCAUCU